UUCACAAGUAGCGUCUGCAAGUGUGGAAAUUGGUGGCCGAAGUUCCUGUCUGUGCUGUUGGAAAACGUGUAUCCACGUCCUGUUCGUUUUUAAAUAUCGUAAAAUAGAUAUUUUCACCUCUUAUUAUGUCGAAAAGACGCAUAGAAGUUGAUGACAAGCUCAGCAAGAAAUCCCGGGCAACUGGUGACAAAGGGAGUGAAGCAGAUAAAGAAAAAAAUGUAACUGAUUCUAAACCUGGUGGUUCAUCUGCAUCAAUUCCAGUAACACCAUCAAAGCCAGGGUUGACAUUAAAUCCCCUUACAGGAUUGCCCUAUACACAAAAAUACUAUGACAUUUAUCGAAAGCGCAUUGGCCUUCCAGUUUGGGAAUACAGGGAGAAAUUUUUUGAGCUUCUAGAAAACAACCAGGCAAUAGUUUUAGUUGGAGAAACUGGAUCGGGAAAAACUACUCAAAUUCCUCAAUGGUCGGCUGAGUUUGCGCGAAAACUAGGAGUUAAAAAAGGAGUCGCUUGUACUCAACCACGUCGAGUUGCUGCUAUGUCUGUGGCUCAACGUGUAGCUGAUGAAAUGGACGUCGUUCUUGGUCAAGAAGUGGGUUACAGUAUCCGUUUCGAAGACUGUUCUUCCCCCAAAACCGUACUCAAGUACAUGACAGACGGUAUGUUGUUGCGUGAAGCCAUGUCAGAUCCACUGUUAGACUCGUAUCAGCUAGUUUUAUUGGACGAAGCUCACGAGCGUACACUUGCUACUGACAUUCUUAUGGGUGUUUUAAAGGAAGUCAUUAAGCAAAGGCGUGAUCUAAAGUUAAUUAUCAUGUCUGCCACACUUGACGCGGGAAAGUUUCAAUCUUAUUUUGAUAACGCACCAUUGAUGAACGUGCCCGGUCGGACGCAUCCUGUGGAGAUCUUUUACACCCCAGAACCCGAGCGUGACUAUCUUGAAGCAGCCAUACGCACAGUCAUGCAAAUUCACAUGUGUGAAGAUAUUGUCGGUGAUGUUCUUCUCUUCCUCACUGGUCAAGAGGAAAUCGAUGAAGCUUGCAAAAGGUUGAAACGUGAAAUCGACAACCUUGGUCCUGAAGUGGGAGAAAUGAAGUGUAUUCCUUUGUACUCCACAUUGCCACCAAAUUUGCAACAGAGGAUUUUUGAGGCUGCUCCCCCAGUUAGACCAAAUGGAGCCAUCGGUCGUAAAGUGGUUAUUAGUACCAACAUCGCCGAGACCUCGCUUACUAUUGAUGGUGUUGUUUUUGUUAUUGACCCUGGUUUUGCUAAACAAAAGGUUUACAAUCCUCGCAUUCGCGUCGAGUCUUUACUCGUUUCUCCUAUCAGCAAAGCAUCAGCUCAGCAACGUGCUGGGCGUGCCGGGCGUACGCGACCAGGAAAAUGUUUUCGUCUUUACACAGAAAAAGCCUACAAACAAGAGAUGCAAGACAACACAUAUCCUGAAAUUCUUCGCUCCAACUUGGGAUCAGUCGUCAUUAAUCUUAAAAAAUUAGGCAUCGACGACCUUGUUCAUUUUGAUUUCAUGGACCCUCCAGCUCCCGAGACUUUGAUGAGAGCUCUAGAGUUGCUGAAUUAUCUCGGUGCUUUAGACGACGAUGGUAACAUGACCGAGUUGGGAGCAAUUAUGGCUGAAUUUCCCCUUGAUCCUCAAUUGGCCAAAAUGUUGAUUGCUUCUACGGAAUUCAACUGCUCCAAUGAGAUCCUUUCGAUUACGGCUAUGCUUUCCGUCCCACAAGUUUUUAUGCGUCCACUGGAAGCCAAAAAGGCUGCUGACGAGGCCAAGAUGCGCUUUGCUCAUAUUGACGGUGAUCACUUGACUAUGCUGAACGUCUAUCACGCAUUUAAACAAAAUAUGGAAGAUCCUCAGUGGUGUUAUGACAAUUUUGUCAACUACCGGUCAAUGAAAUCGGCCGACAAUGUGCGACAACAGCUUUCCCGUAUUAUGGAUCGCUUCAAUUUAAAACGCACAUCCACCGAAUUCACCUCAAAGGACUACUAUGUUAAUAUUCGUAAAGCACUCAUUAGCGGUUUCUUUAUGCAGGUUGCCCAUUUAGAACGAACGGGUCACUAUCAAACUAUUAAAGAUAACCAAGUGGUACAACUUCACCCUUCGACUUGCUUGGAUCACAAACCGGAAUGGGUUAUUUACAACGAAUUUGUUUUGACCACUAAAAACUACAUCAGAACUUGCACCGAUGUUAAACCGGAAUGGCUUAUCAAAGUUGCUCCUUCUUAUUAUGAUAUGAGCAAUUUCCCAGAAGGACCGGCAAAGAGACAACUUGAACAGAUAAUCAACCGUCUAGAGAGUCGAGAAUAUCGGAAUUGAAAACGGGCUUAAAAACACCUCUUACACUUACUUUGUAAAGUCGACCGAUCAUCAGUUUCCAUGAAUUGAUUCGAGGCGAAGACAUUCCGACUUCUUUCGCAAACAUCAAAGCUUAUUCAAAUAUUACAUUUAAUCGGAAAUCAAGCAGUCGAAUAUUACAAUUGUAAUCUUUAACAAAAUGUGCACACGUUGCAUCAAUGUCCAACAUUGAAAAUUUCGAGAUGGUACAAUACAUGGAGUAUCAUCGAUA